AUGGGCUCUCCAUAAUGCUUCGAUUAUGAAGAAAGAAGGACCACUCUAUUGUUGUUUUGCAAUGGAGAAGACAGAGGGAGAAACACCAGCACUGUGGCUCCCACCUUGUUGCUUAUCUCCCUGCAAACAUGUGCCCAAAAUCCUCUCUGUGCUGUAUUAAAAAAAGCUUAGACAUUACGACAUCUGCUUUCUUACAUCAUCUUUUCGAAUUUUGCAUCCUAUAACCCCUGGAGAAAAGAGGAACAAUGACUUUAUAUAGCUGCUGUUUGUUUCUUUUGCUAUUUACCUGUAACACUGCUGCCUAUGGGCCAAACCAACGGGCACAGAAGAAGGGAGACAUUAUUCUUGGAGGAUUGUUCCCCAUUCAUUUUGGAGUGGCUGCUAAAGACCAGGAUCUAAAAUCAAGACCAGAAUCAGUGGAGUGUAUAAGGUAUAAUUUCCGAGGCUUCCGCUGGCUCCAGGCUAUGAUCUUUGCCAUAGAAGAAAUAAACAGUAGCCCAACUCUCCUUCCCAACAUGACCUUGGGAUACAGGAUAUUUGACACUUGCAAUACAGUCUCUAAAGCCCUGGAGGCCACACUGAGUUUUGUGGCUCAGAACAAGAUAGACUCAUUGAACCUGGAUGAAUUCUGCAACUGCUCAGAACAUAUUCCUUCCACCAUUGCGGUCGUGGGGGCAACUGGCUCUGGCAUCUCUACUGCUGUGGCCAAUCUGCUGGGACUCUUUUACAUACCUCAGGUCAGCUAUGCCUCAUCCAGUCGUCUCUUGAGCAAUAAGAACCAGUUCAAGUCCUUCCUCCGCACGAUCCCCAAUGACGAGCAUCAGGCCACAGCGAUGGCAGACAUCAUUGAGUAUUUUCGCUGGAACUGGGUGGGAACAAUUGCAGCUGAUGAUGACUAUGGCCGUCCAGGGAUUGAAAAGUUUCGGGAAGAGGCAGAGGAGAGAGAUAUCUGCAUUGAUUUUAGUGAACUCAUCUCCCAGUACUCAGAUGAAGAGGAGAUCCAGCAGGUGGUAGAGGUCAUCCAGAACUCCACAGCAAGGGUGAUUGUUGUUUUCUCCAGUGGCCCUGACCUGGAGCCUCUCAUCAAAGAAAUUGUCAGGCGAAACAUCACUGGCAAGAUCUGGCUGGCAAGUGAGGCCUGGGCUAGCUCUUCCCUAAUAGCCAUGCCAGAGUUCUUCCGUGUCAUCGGCAGCACCAUUGGCUUUGCACUGAAGGCAGGACAGAUCCCAGGCUUUCGUGAGUUCCUGCAAAAGGUGCAUCCCAAGAAGUCCAACAACAACGGCUUUGCCAAGGAGUUUUGGGAGGAGACAUUUAACUGCUAUCUCCCUGAUGGGUUCAAAAAUUCUCCAGCCUCAACUUCCUUCCACAAGGGCCAUGAAGAGGGACUGGGAGCUGGGAAUGGAACAUCUGCUUUCCGACCUCCAUGCACAGGGAAUGAGAACAUCACUAGUGUGGAGACGCCGUACAUGGACUAUACGCACUUGCGAAUAUCCUAUAAUGUGUAUUUGGCAGUAUAUUCUAUUGCCCAUGCCUUGCAGGAUAUAUAUACCUGUACCCCUGGGAAAGGACUCUUCACUAAUGGGUCCUGUGCAGACAUUAAGAAGGUUGAGGCAUGGCAGGUGCUCAAGCAUCUGCGACACUUAAAUUUCACCAAUAACAUGGGGGAGCAAGUGGAUUUUGAUGAGUUUGGGGACCUGGUAGGAAAUUAUUCAAUAAUCAAUUGGCAUCUCUCUCCGGAGGAUGGCUCAGUCGUCUUUGAAGAGGUUGGGCACUACAACGUUUAUGCCAAGAAAGGGGAGAGGCUCUUUAUCAAUGAAAACAAGAUCCUGUGGGGUGGAUUCUCUAAGGAGGUGCCUUUCUCUAACUGCAGCAGGGACUGCCUUCCAGGCACGAGGAAGGGCAUUAUUGAGGGAGAGCCCACCUGCUGCUUCGAGUGCGUGGACUGUCCCGACGGGGAAUACAGCGAUGAAACAGAUGCAAGUGCCUGUGAUAAGUGCCCUGAGGAUUACUGGUCCAAUGAGAACCACACAUCCUGCAUUCCCAAGCAGAUAGAGUUUCUGGCCUGGACUGAGCCCUUUGGGAUCGCUCUGACUCUCUUUGCUGUGUUGGGAAUUUUCCUAACUUCUUUUGUCCUGGGAGUCUUCACCAAAUUUCGCAACACACCCAUUGUCAAGGCCACAAACCGGGAGCUGUCCUACCUCCUCCUCUUCUCCUUGCUCUGCUGCUUCUCCAGCUCGUUGUUCUUCAUUGGUGAGCCCCAGAACUGGACUUGCCGUCUGCGGCAGCCAGCUUUUGGCAUCAGCUUUGUCCUCUGCAUCUCCUGCAUCCUGGUGAAAACCAACCGUGUCCUGCUUGUCUUUGAGGCAAAGAUCCCCACAAGCCUCCACCGAAAGUGGUGGGGUCUCAACCUCCAGUUCCUCCUGGUCUUCUUGUGCACAUUCGUGCAGAUUGUCAUCUGUGUGAUUUGGCUCUAUACGGCCCCACCAUCCAGUUACCGAAACCAUGAACUGGAGGAUGAGAUCAUCUUCAUCACCUGCCACGAAGGCUCCCUGAUGGCCCUCGGCUUCCUCAUUGGCUACACCUGCCUCCUGGCAGCCAUCUGUUUCUUCUUCGCCUUCAAGUCUCGAAAGCUGCCUGAGAAUUUUAACGAGGCCAAGUUCAUCACCUUCAGCAUGCUGAUAUUCUUCAUUGUGUGGAUCUCCUUCAUCCCUGCUUACGCCAGCACAUAUGGCAAGUUCGUCUCUGCCGUGGAGGUGAUCGCGAUACUGGCUGCUAGCUUUGGGCUCCUGGCCUGCAUCUUCUUCAAUAAAGUCUACAUCAUCCUCUUCAAGCCCUCCCGCAACACGAUAGAGGAGGUGCGUUGCAGCACAGCCGCCCACGCUUUCAAAGUGGCCGCCAGGGCCACGCUGAGACGGAGCAACGUGUCCCGCAAGCGCUCAAACAGCCUGGGGGGCUCCACCGGCUCCACCCCUUCCUCCUCCAUCAGCAGCAAGAGCAACCACGAGGACCCUUUUCCUCUCCCAGCCUCUGCCGAGCGGGAGCGGCAGCGCCAGCAGCAGCGUGGGUGCAAGCAGAAAGUCAGCUUCGGGAGCGGCACGGUCACCCUGUCGCUGAGCUUUGAGGAGCCACAGAAGAAUGCCAUGGCCAACAGGAACGCCAAGCGCAGGAACUCACUGGAGGCCCAGAACAGCGAUGACAGUCUGAUGCGGCACCGGGCCCUGCUUCCUCUGCAGAUCAACGAGCCCCUCAGUGCUGAGCCUGCCUUCCAGGCAGCGUCCAGCGCGGAGACCAGCUCGCAGGAGUCAGUGGUGGGAGACAACAAGGAAGAGGUACCAAGCCCUGAGGCAGAGCCAUCCCUGCCAUCGGCUAACUCCCAAAAUUUUAUAGGCACUGGAGGUGGCUCUGUCACAGAGAACACAGUACAUUCCUAA